ACUACGUACAGCCUACACCCUCACCGUUGUUUCUUUCUUGCUUGAUUUCCGAGCAUGCUUCUUUGUUAUCAGACAUCCCUCACCUUCAGCGCAGUGCAGCCGACUGCAACAUCUGCAAGAUGGAUUCCGAUGAGAAUAUGGAGGUAGAAGGCAGCAGCACGCUUAAUCCACCGGCGGGGACAGAGCAUGCGCAUGAAGACAUGGAUCUAGAUGAGAAUUACCCCAACCGCCCGCACAACCACUCCCCGACACCUCCAUUCCACACCCUUUUCGAAACCCUGUUCAACCCCCUCAGCGCCAUCAAAAGACAACCCACCUCCACCACCACCGCCCAACGCGCCCCCGCCGCCCGCCGCAAACUCGGCCCGCACGGGCAAGGCGCCUCCACCAGCCUGAACCCCGCCGAGCGGCGCCGCGACGUGAUCGAGCGCUUCAUCUCCCACUGGCGCCAAACCGUCGGCGACGACAUCUACCCGGCCUUCCGGCUGAUCCUGCCGGACAAGGACCGCGACCGGGCCAUGUACGGCCUGAAGGAGAAGGCCAUCGGCAAGAUGCUGGUCAAGAUCUUGAAAAUCGACAAGAACUCGGAGGACGCGGUGGGCCUGCUGAACUGGAAGCUGCCGGGGUACGGGAACGAGGCGCGCGGGGGGUUCCUGGCGGGCGACUUCGCGCGGCGGUGCUACGACGUCGUCUCCAAGCGGCCGAUGCGCACGGAGGUCGGCAGCAUGUCGAUUGCGGAGGUGAAUGAGCGGCUGGACCGGCUGUCGGCCGCUGGGCGCGAGGGCGAGCAGAUUGCGAUUCUGGGGGAGUUCUAUCGGCGGAUGAAUCCUGAGGAGUUGCUGUGGUUGAUUCGCAUUAUUCUCCGGCAGAUGAAGGUGGGCGCGUCGGAGCGGACGUUGUUCGAUGUCUGGCAUCCCGAUGCCGAGGGCUUGUAUUCAAUCUCGAGUAGUUUGCGGCGCGUGUGUUGGGAGUUGCAUGAUCCCAAUGUCAGGUUGGAGGAUGAGCGCAGGGGCAUUGCGCUGAUGCAGUGCUUUCAGCCGCAGUUGGCGCAGUUUCAGGUGCAGAGCCUGGAGAAGAUGGUUGCGAAGAUGCGCGGGUUUGUGGGGGAUAAGGAUGAUGAAAAGGGCGAGUUUUGGAUUGAGGAGAAGUUGGAUGGCGAGCGCAUGCAGUUGCAUAUGGGCCCGGAUGAGGAGAUGGAUGGCGGCAGACGGUUUCGGUUCUGGUCGCGCAAGGCCAAGGAUUAUACCUAUCUUUAUGGGAGUGGGCUGUUCGAUGAGAACGGCGCGCUGACGAGGCACUUGGCGGAUGCGUUUGCCGACGGGGUCGAGAGCGUGAUCCUGGACGGCGAGAUGAUCGCCUGGAACCCCGAGCAGGAUGCCCCCGAGCCGUUUGGGACCCUCAAGUCGGCGGCCAUCGCCGAGCAGCGCAAUCCCUUCGCCAAUGGCUCGCGGCCGCUGUUCCGGAUCUUUGAUAUUUUGUAUCUGAAUGGCCAUGACCUGACGCGGUAUACGCUGCGAGACCGCAGGAAUGCGCUGCAGAAGAGCAUCCGGGACGUCCAUCGCCGGUUCGAGGUCCACCCUUACGAAGAGGCCACCAGCACCGCGGAGGUCGAGGCCUCGCUGCGUCGGGUCGUCGCCGAAGCCUCGGAGGGCCUGGUGUUGAAGAACCCGCGCUCCCCCUACCGGCUGAACGAGCGCCAUGACGACUGGAUGAAGGUGAAGCCGGAGUACAUGACCGAGUUCGGGGAGUCGCUGGACCUCGUUGUCAUCGGGGGCUACUACGGCAGCGGCCAUCGCGGCGGCGCCCUCUCCAGCUUCCUGUGCGGGUUGCGGGUGGACGACUCGGCCGCGUCGUCGUCACAGCACCAUGCCGCCGAGCCGUCCAAAUGCUACUCGUUCUGCAAGGUCGGCGGCGGGUUCACCGCGGCGGACUACGCGAACAUCCGCCACCACACGGACGGUAAGUGGAAGGAAUGGAACCCGAAGAAGCCGCCCCUGGCGUACAUCGAGCUGGCGGGCGCGGGCAACGCGCAGCACGAGCGGCCGGAUAUGUGGAUCAAGCCCGAAGACUCGGUGGUGCUCUGUGUCAAGGCCGCCUCCGUCUCGGUCAGCGAUCAGUUCCGCAUGGGCCUGACGCUGCGCUUCCCGCGGUUCAAGCGGCUGCGCGGCGACAAGGACUGGACGAGUGCGCUGUCGGUGCAGGAGUUCCUGGACCUCAAGUCCAACGUGGAGCAGGAGCAGAAGGAGAAGGCGUUUAACGUGGAGAAUUUCCGCAAGAAGCGCCAGAAGAAGUCCACCAAGAAACCCUUGGCGAUUGCUGGGUAUGAUGCGAGGGCGGAGGUCAAGUCGGCCGGUCCGUCGGGACAUAUCUUUGACGGGCUGAACUUUUUUGUCAUGACCGACUCCACCACCCCAGUCAAGAAGACCAAGGCGGAAUUGGAACAGCUGGUGAAGAGCAAUGGCGGCAAGUUCUAUCAGACGAAUACGGCGGCUCCUGAUAUGAUCUGCGUGGCGGAUAGAAGAACGGUCAAGGCGGCUUCGUUGCAGAAGACGGGCGAGGUGGACAUCAUUCGCCCGUCCUGGAUCCUGGACUGUAUUCGACAGAGUGAGAUAGAUGCCGGUCUUGCGGAUCUACUUCUUCCUACGGAGCCAAGGCAUAUGUUCUAUACUACACCCGAGAAGGAGGCGGAGGUGGCUGCGAGCGUCGACCGCUUCAACGACAGCUAUGCACGGAACACCACGCUGGAGGAGCUGAGCGAGAUACUGAAGAAGAUGGAGACGGAUGCUACGCCCCGUAACUCCAAAGCCCGCGACAAACUCAAGGAACAUCUCUACGACAAGAUCAACUCCGGAUGGCCACUUCCCUGCGGCUGGCUUUUCGACGGACUGGUCUUUCACUUCCCCCAGUUGGUACACCGACACACCACAGAGGGUGACGAAAAUCAAAGCCCAGACGAAGACUUCAGAGAGAUGGGCAAAUUCGAAUCCUACCACCCCCUCCAGCUGACGAGGAACACGGCGCGGUUCGCAGGUGCUCGAGUGGUCGACACCGCCCAGGACCCGGCCAUCACUCAUGUCAUCCUUCAGCCGGCGGGUCUGCCGGUGGCUGAGUAUAGGUCUUUACGAGAGCCGUGGGCAGCGGCGCAGCGGAUCCCUCAUUUCGUGACUACAGGCUGGGUGGAAGAGAGCUGGCGGCAGCAGACGCUUUUGGAUGAGGAGCAAUUCCAACCCCCAAAGCAGGGAAAAGGGAAAUUGAAAUGAAAGACAGGCGUAACGUCGGGUAGACGCGCAUUGCGCAGGAUGAUGUCUCACCCUCUUGAGAUUUCACGGCGUAGGCUGGUUGGUUUGGGGCCGAGCUGAUAUAUCAAUCAUUCAGCAUUGGUUCGUUUUUUAGGGGCAGGGGGCUGGGGUUUAGUUGUAUUAGGUGGCUACGAGGUGUACGGGAUGUGCUCGGGGAUGGAUGGGAGGGGGCGCUUAUCUCUGUGCUUCGCUCUCUGAGUCACAGUGCCUCUUUUCUUGGUAUGUGAGAU